AUGACGGCAGCUCGAGCUAUCGCGUGUGUGUGUGUGUGGGCGUGGAAGAAGUGUUCUCCCGCCAUUGCCGAGGCUCAGUAUGAGAAUUAUACUUUCAGUGGCUUUGAUGUGCGCAUGCAUGGCAGGAAUGGUGAGCUGGGUGCUGUGUGCCAUGUGGCCAAUGCGGUGCACACAUGUAGCAACUGUGCUGCCAGCUGUGCAGCGAAAGAGGAAGGGGCCACCGCUGCCUUCACGAUGAAUGUGACGACACAUAAAUACGCCGGCCCUUAUGAAUUGUGGUGGCGUCAAAUUUCUCCCGACGGAACCAUCCAUCCGCCUGCACGGAGCGGCGAUGCUGACCGUACGGGCAUCUGUCAGUUGCCGCCACCCCGUGAAGGGAGGAGGAUGACACAAAAUCUGGUGCGAUAA